UUCCUUUCUGGUCGUCUGCGCUUGUUUACAAGUGUUAACUGCAAUAGUGGAGCAGCGGCUCUGGUGAUUAUUUUCUGUCUGUCUUGUGUGCGUCUUGUUAACAACGGGGGGAGUUUCCUGUCUCACCGCAGGAAUGCCGGGUGGAGAGUAUGGGGAGCUUGGGGGCAGUCUCCCUGCCAUCGCCUCCCUGAACGCUUCCUACUCUACUUCUCUGUCCCUCCCUUCCCCGUACGUGUUCGUACCACCUGCAGAGCGCAGGGUCAUCUCUGACGUCCGGCGCACCUUCUGUCUCUUUGUGACGUUCGAUCUGCUCUUCAUCUCACUCCUCUGGAUUAUUGAGCUGAACAUCUCCAGCACAAUCUGGGACAGUUUAGAAAAUGAGGUUGUCCGUUAUAAGUUCAAGUCUUCCUUCUUUGACAUCUUUCUCCUUGCUGUGUUUCGUUUCCUGUGUCUACAAGUGGGUUAUGCUGCUUUUCGGUUAAAGCAUUGGUGGGUUAUUGCGAUUACCACUUUAGUGACCAGUGUCUUCCUUGUUGUCAAGGUUAUCGUAUCUAAUCUCCUAUCCCAGAAUGCCUUUGGCUAUGUUUUGCCCAUCACCUCUUUUGUGGUGGCCUGGCUGGAGACCUGGUUUCUUGACUUUAAGGUGCUCACGCAGGAAGCAGAUGACGAAAGAGCUUACCUAGCAGUGGUGAACGCAGCCUGUGAACGUGCCCCUAUGAUCUAUCCCCGCGCCGUUUCAGACGGACAGUUCUACUCUCCACCUGAAUCUGUCGCAGGCUCUGAAGAGGAUCUGGAUGAGGAGGGUCUCGGGCGCAGAGCUGUCACUGCUCAGGAGAAGGAGUACGUUAGACAGGGUCGUGAGGCCAUGUCCGUGGUGGAACAGAUCCUAGCCCAGGAGGACAACUGGAAAUUUGAAAAAAACAAUGACAUGGGAGACUCUGUCUACACCCUGGAGAUUCCCUUCCAUGGAAAGACUUUCAUUCUCAAGGCCUUUAUGCAGUGUCAGGCUGAGCUCGUGUAUCAGGAGGUAAUUCUGCAACCAGAGAAGAUGGUCCAGUGGAACAAAACCAUUUCUGCCUGCCAGAUCCUCCAGAGGGUUGACGACAACACUCUCAUAUCAUAUGACGUCUCUGCUGGAGCAGCAGGGGGAGUUGUGUCUGCGAGGGACUUUGUUAAUGUCCGACGGGUGGAGCGCAAACGAGACUGCUACCUGUCUGCUGGCAUGGCAACUGAACAUGACGCCAAACCCUCGAGUGGUCGCUAUGUCAGGGGAGAGAAUGGUCCAGGAGGAUUUGUGGUCCUCAAGUCCUGCAGUAACCCGUCCGUCUGCACUUUCAUCUGGAUCCUCAACACAGACUUGAAGGGUCGUCUGCCCCGCUACCUCAUCCACCAGAGUCUGGCCGCCACCAUGUUUGAAUUCAUGUCCCAUUUACGCCAACGUAUCGCUGACCUGCGGCCCUCUCACCGCUCCCACCACCACCUCACUUAAAACAGGAGAGACAUCAAACUGUGCCACAGCUGGUUUGGAGGUAUCACUACUGUUUUUUUUUUUUUUUUUUUUUUUUUUUUUUUUUUUUUUUUUUUUUUAUAAGUAUAUUAAACCCCAAAAAAAGGGGCGUAGCUGUACCCUUGUGAUGCAGCUAAGCUGAAGGGAUGUACUACAGUAACAGAAAAGACUGCACUUCUGAGCAUGGGAGAUGUGAGACAUGUGAUCGCACAUUUCAGGCACAUGAGAAGAGGAGUAAUGUGCUUGUCAAAGACAAUGUUCCUCCUUAUUCUUAGACUUCAUCAAUGUUAUUUUUUAUUUUAAGUGUGAUCACAAACAUACUUUUGAGGUGGACCUGUAAUUAUUUCGCCAUGUCUCUCACCGUGCAAUGAGACCUGCUUUCUGAAGGCAUUUCAUGGCAGGGUGGACUUUACUCAAACAUGAAGACUCAGAUGAAGAUGGAUUGAUCCUCAGUGUGUGGGCAUCUAUUUUACUUUUUACAAAAGAACAGACGCAACAGCGUGACUGAGCCUUAUCUUACUGCACACGUUGUUAGCCAUUGAUUUGCUGCUUUUUUUUUUUUGUCUGUUUUCACUGAAAUGGCUUAAUUAUGUUUCUCUGGUGCACCUGCCCUAAAACAAACUCACAAUUCACAGCCAUAUCCUCAAGAAACAUGUCAUUUGAAUGGGUAAAAGCUGUUUUCCACGAACUUUAUUUUCCCUAACUACACUGUGAUAGAAGGGGAAAGAAGUCACUCGCUGUUAAAGUGCCACUAGAGGGAGACACCACUGAUCCACCCAGCGAAAGGCUCUCAGUUUGACCUCAUCUCCUGUAUCAGGGUGCAAAAAUCUUAUCAGCUAACAUUAUUAGUUAUCUGCUAUUACAGAAGGUUUUUUAACACUGCGUCUGUUUUGCUCUUUGAAAUCAGGCAGGAGGUCAAACCAAGUAUCAAAUCAGGUUAGUGUUAGUUUGUGUUGCAGAGGCAUUAGCAAGCUCAGUUAAAAAAGAAAAAACCAAGAUGAUGGAACUGCUCAUAAAUUAGGAUGCUGGAUGCUGUGCACUUACUAAUGUUGUCGUUUGUGCCAUUAACCUCAAGUGGCCUUGUGGUAAAAAAAAAACAAAAAAAACAAAAAAAAAGUUACUACUGUACUGAUAUGACAUUAGUACUGGGCUCCCCUCAGGCUUGAGAUGCGGUGCUGAAUGAGGGUUUUCUGUCAUUUCUUACAUAUGAAGCAUUAUAUUAUGUGUUUAAUCUUUUAAUGAUAUCACCUCCAGCUUAUUAAGUUUUCUGCACCUCAGUGUUAUGACGAACCUCAGAAAAAUGUCUGAAAUCCUGUUCAAAUUAUGUGGAGUCGAACCAAAGAGAGCAAAUUAUUCUGCUUUUUAAUCUUGAGAAAUACGGCAUGAAGACACUCAGUCAAUAUUUCUAUGGAGCAUAUUUAUGGCUGUAACUGAUGCUGUGAAUGACCACAUCACACUCAAAACAUGGCUACUACGGCUUCGAGGCAUUUUAAUUUGUCAUUUGUGGAACUCUGAAAGGAUUCCUCUUCAUGAAGUCCAGAAUAUGUGCUUAUUGAGAACUGGCUGGGUGCUUUGUCAACAGAAUCUUUUUCUUUUCUUUUUUUAUUAGCUACUUACUGUACAGAAGGAAUGUCAAAUGAAAGUAAUCAAUGAUAUCAACAAUUUGGUGCCUUUAUCACAGUAACAUUACAUGUCGGCCUUUUCUUUUGCUUUGCAUUUAUUUUACUCUGUCAAGUCAAUGCUUCAUACCUUUCACCAAAGGUAUACUGUAUACACAUGAACCCUGCUUAGACAACUUGAGUUAGUGUUUUCCUUUAUUAUAGUUUUUGAAUGUAUUUGUCUAUAGAUUCAUCAAACAUGUUAAUUUAAAAUCAUCACAACUGACCAACAGUUUUUACUGAGUCUUAACUAGUGUCUUAUGUCUAAUAAAAUAUAUGAUACAACCUG